AUGGCCUUUCGAGGGUGCUGGCAUGGUCGUGCGAGGGCUGAGGAAGCUGCUAGCAUGCCCGCCCUUCGAGAGAUCCAAGGAUUGAGAAGUGCUGAUGGCUGUCAGUGCGGGGGCGGCCAAUUUUUGCGGGCUUUCCCAGAGGCCAACAGCUGCAAUGUGCUCAUACUAGACCCUGCUCGUAAGCAGGCCCUGCUUUCCAAACCGCAGGCCUCAAAAGAGCUCAUUUUCUGUGAGUUGGAGCGGUGGCUCGCAAUAGGUGGCCAUUUCUUCAUCCGACCGAACAUAUCCGGCCUGGUCAUGGUCGACCUAGACAACUACAAGGGCCAGCUGCAGACACUGCUGGCACUGAGACCGCGUGUGCUGGUUGAGACGUCCCCAGGAUGCUAUCAGCUGUGGUUGGUUCUGCCACAACACCUCCCAAGCAAGUCGGCCUUAGACGUUACACGAGAGCUUACCUCAGCACUGGGAGGGGACAUGGCAUCCGCCAAGGUCACUCAGGUAGGCCGGCUUCCCGGCAGUAUCAAUUGCAAACCUGCCAAGGGUUGCAGUGUCAGUAUCUUGCACAGUGCAGUACAAGACAUGGACGAGCAGUGCUACCUCGAUUUAACUGCCAACCCGGUGCUUUCCGUGACACCGCAUGGUAUUCAAGUUGGGUCUGCAGCUCCUAAGAAGGCUGUCAAGCACCAACCCGGGCAAGCUGUCCAGCCGAAAGAGUCCCAUGCGGAUCGGAGCGCUGAGGACUGGAAGCUGGCAUGUCAGUAUUUCGAGCAGCAUCCAGGCGCGACAAUCCAGGAAGCAGCAGAGGCUUGUCACUUCCAAGCCCAGCGGCCUAAUCCGAAGUACUAUGCUGAUUUGACACUGCGCAAAGCACGGGAGCAUGUCCGCGGCAAAUGUGCUCUACCUGGCAAGCCUGCUUCGGCCGCUGUUGUGGAUUCGUCGCACCAGGAGGCAUUUCAGCUUAGGCUGCUUUUUCUUGCCCCAGCAAACGUUGGACAAGAUAUCCAAGCCAUUCUGGAAGAGUACGUUCCUCGCCUGGUGCAGCAGGAGAUUGGCCGUCGCUUGCCUCAGCUGGCAGAGCGGGUAUCUAGCAGGAUCUGCUCGGAGUGCAAGCAGCGGAAGGAUCAGGCCUUGUUUUCCCGGACGGAAUGGGCCAAGAAAGACUCCGUCUCCCGUUGCCUCGAGUGCAAGCCAGUGGAUGCCAAUCUGCAGAAGCGUGCCAAGAACAGUAAAGUCUGCGCUGGCUGCAAUGUGGACACUCCUCGGGCUGGCUUUACCAAAACGCAGUGGGCCGCAGGCGUGAAGUCCAAGUGCCAAAAAUGCGUUGAGACAGCUGCCCUGGAGCAGUGCAAGCUGACCAAGACUUGUGCUACUUGUGGCGUGGUGAAACCCAAGGCUGAUUUCAAUACUUCCCAAUGGCAGCGAAGUAAAGCCAAUGGGAGUCAGUGCUCAGCCUGCUCACAGAAACGCCUCAAGGAGACCCACGAUCAGCUGGUGCAAAGAUCGGUGCAAAGCUUAGCCGCUGCGAAUCCGGACGAAGGCGAUGUGCCUGACCAAGGCGAGGCUGCGCCUGAUAGAGGCGAGGUUGCCAAGUGGAUCUUGCAGGGGCCGCUCGAGGCCCUGCCCAGUGAGAACCUGCAAUCUUACAGAGCUGUCCUUGCUCAGCAGGGGCGCAAGAACUUCCACCUUCGUAUGCUUGGCCCUGAUCAUGGGGGCAUACCCGCCAAGGAAAAAGUUGCGUUGCUGCAGGCUGCACAUGAAGAUUGUAGCCACACCGGCGGACGUCACGCGGUCAUCCGGGCCAUGAAAGAAGUGGGAAAAACUUGGAACAACAUUGCCCUCGAUGCAGAUUGGAUAGUUCGACGCUGUGAGCUCUGCCGCUCCAACAGCACGCGUGAGAUGGGAAAGGCAGACGUCCGACACUUGCCGACGCCCUUACACGCAGGUGAUGUCAUCGGCUGGGACCUAAAAACAGUGACCCCGCAUGAUGAGCCGAAGUGGUCUAUGCUUCUCGCGCUCGAUUUCACCAGCGGGAAGACUUGGACGUGGGCUCUGGAUUUCGGUGAAGCCACGGCCGUCAAGGUCCAGGAGCUGAUGCUCAAGUUGUAUGCGGACAACGAACUCCCAGCUAUAUGCUGGACUGACAAUGGUGGCCAGUUCCGCAACCUGCUCACGACUGCCAUCGAGGCCACACUGGGAGUCCGUCCCCGAACGAUCCCGCCAGGACGCCCCCAGGCAAACGGGCUGGUGGAAUGCCACAACCGGUUGCUAGACCUGGCGCACGCCGGACAGAGGAGCCGCCUCCUCGCGGCGACGGUGGCUGUAAACUCCCGCAUCCAUCAGCGGUAUGGCGUCAGCCCAGAAAGCUUGUGGCGCUCACUGCGACCCACCGAAAGUCGUUGGAAGAAUCUACAGCUUCGCGGCAUCAUCCAUGGGGAGGCCAAACCCAUUUCCGAGGCCGACUGGCUACGUUUCCUCGAUGAGAGCCAGGCUGGUCUCACGCCAGAGUACGUGCAGCAGGCAGCUGAGGCGCUUCACAAGGCCGUGGCCCCAAUUGCUGGCGCCCUCAACAACAAGAAGAUGCGUGAGGCCAUGAAGCGGCACCUGCGCUAUGCCAGGAAAAGGACGCAUCGCAGCACUAUGCCGCUGGUGUCGGGCGACCGUGUCAUCGCACGCAACAGCCAAUACACGACGAAGACCGGGCGUGGCAAGUUCGAGACCCUGGGCGGUGAAGUGCGAGAGUUCACAGUCCUCUCAGUCUCGCAGGGUUUCGUGAGCCUCAAAGACAACAAGACCGGUCACGAGUGUGUCAGACACGAAGCCAGUCUCAAGCUCAUGCCAAUCCAGCUGGAGGCGGAUGACACAGUGCCUACACCACCUCGUCUGCGCACGCCUGAUUCCGCAAAGCGUCGACGGGCACCCGACUUCGACCCUUGGAUUCGCAUCAAGGUCAUGGCGGAUGGCGCCUGCCUUUACAGGGCCUUGCACAUGGGCAUGCAGCUGCGUGGUGGCAUCGCAGCCGAGGCUUUGCAGGACAGACACCGUGUCUCAGAGAGCGAAGUUAACUAUAAGGCACCUAAAAUGGCCUUUGGACAGGACGACGACGCUGGCGCGCAGAGCCUGCGUAGCCAGGUCUGCUGCUGCAUGCAGAAGUACCUGGACUCCCUGACGCCCGGACGCCUGCGCCAGGUGACAGAGGCCGAGAUGAUGGACGAUCCACUGUGGACCCAAGAACACCAAGGAGGGUUCAACUGGGGCACAUACUUUGCGUACGCCAUGAAGCCGCGCACGUACGGCACCUUCUGCAAUCUGGCGGCGUUUGUGCGGAUGUCUGGCAUCCCUGUCGAAGUCUACUCUUGGCGCGACGGCUUGGAGCUUGUGUGGACUGAGAACAACGACGGGGUUGCUGGAGGCCGUCCAAUUGCACUGCUGCGUGGGAAUGUGCACUUUGAUCUACUCGCUCUGAAAGAGCCGGGAACCUCGCUUCCCAUCAAGCCUGGUCCAAAAGCCAAGGCCAAAGCAAAGGCAAAAGCCAAGGCAAAGGCCAAAACAAAGGCCAAAGCCAAGGCUGCAGGCAUCCGUAAGGCGAGCUUGAAGCGAUCCUAG